UGAUUAAAUUGUCUUUGUCCAUCGUUAGAGAAGGAUUGAUACGCAAUAGGUCUUGCUAUUGUAUCUAUUUAAUUAAAGAAGGUUCAGUGAAAAAUUAAAAAUGGUCCGCCGCUAUGUUCCGGAGAUGGAGAAAGUAGAAAAACCUAAACAGAUGCAGAAAAUUGAUUUCUAUAAACCAUUUUCCGAAAUGACCAGUGAAGAACUUAAGCAAAAUUUUGAGGAAAUAGUUCUCAGCCAUGUCCGUUUCACUAAAACGAAGAAACAAAAACACCCAAAUCCAGUACGUUGCACCCAUAAGAUGGUGCCAUUGAACGAUAUACUCAAUCUUCACUCUUCCGAUCCAAUUUAUCAAUCGCUCUUGUUCGGCGACUAUGCCAUUGAUGGGGAUGAAAGCUAUGAAGAAAUUAAGACAUAUGCUCUGUAUGCUUUCGCUCAUAACGAUAAUCCCCCCAACCUUAAAGACAUUAGUAACGAUGUUUUUGCAACCAUUCACUGUGUUGCAGAAGGAUCUCCUGCUCAUGACGGGGGUCUCCGUGAGAAUGACAAGUUGAUACAGUUCGACUACAUCAACAUCAGCAACUACAGCAACAUUUUUCAGUUGCGCAAGAUUGUUAAGCAGUCCUAUCAAAAGGAUAUUAAAAUCCAAGUGCGACGUGGCAACGAGAAACUUUGGGCGGUAGUGGCUCCUCGUAACUGGGAGAAGCCGGGAUUGAUUGGCUGCCAGAUACUGAGUCACUGGGGAAGAGCUAAAGUCCCCCGCUGGCCCUUACCACAAUAAGUUCGCGGAUAGCGUGAACAGUGUAGCCAACUUAGGGAGGGUUUCCCCCUGAAUGUAGGUGAAAUUCAAAUGUUGGCAACACUAAAUUUAGUUGUUCGUAUUCGAUGUCUAUGUUAUGAUGUCCACUUGCUAGUAGGACGUCUGCUCGCUUAUCGUUUUUCGUUAAAAACAAUAUCUAUUGAACUAGUUUUUUUGUAUUUUACAUUUAUUUGCAUAUACUGAAUAUAUAGUACAUUCAUUCUUAUUACUAAGAAAAUUCUGGAUAUUAUCGUCUUAUUGAAAUUAUAGAUAUUGUGGUGCCAUAUACGAAUUCUUUAGACUGUAUGAAUUUAGGAUAUUACGUCAUGGGCGAAGCUAUUUAGGGCAGAUAUGGUCAUCCGAUUGGGUGCACUGAAGAUCUAAAAAAUGUAUUAAAUACAGAUUAAUAGCAAAUCUUUUGAUUAUAGAAAGAGUCUAGUUCUGCGUCAGUGUAGCAGUAACAAUCUUCUAUAUCGAGAUAAUCUGUCUAUUAGUUUAUAAAUAAUUCAUUCGGUGGUUUAGAAAUGAAAUUUCAAAUUACUAACAUU